GUUCAGAGCGAUCGUGCUGGAGCGGCGGCGGGAGCGGAGCGGGACCGGGGAUCGCGAUAGCGCCGCGAUAGCUCCGCGAUAUCCCCGCGGUAGCCGCGCUCGGGAUUAUUGCUCUUGGAGUUUGCCUUCUUCUCCUGCGGAUUACAAUUGCACCAUGACCCUGGAGGAGCUGGUGCCUUGCGAUAGCAGCAAGAUGCAGGCGGUGAGCGAGGCGGUGGAGCGGGUGCUGGUGGCGGCGCAGCGGCAGGACCGCCUCACCGUGGGGGUCUACGAGUCGGCCAAGCUGAUGAAUGUGGACCCCGACAGCGUGGUGCUGUGCGUGCUGGCCACCGACGAGGAGGACGAAGGCGACAUCGCCCUGCAGAUCCACUUCACGCUCAUCCAGGCGUUCUGCUGCGACAACGACAUCCACAUCCUGCGCGUGUCGGGCAUGCAGCGCCUCGCCGCCAUCCUGGGCGAGCCCGAGGCGGACUCCGAGCCCCGCGACCUGCACUGCCUGCUGGUCACGAAUUCGCACACGGACGCGUGGAAGAGUCAGGGCUUGGCGGAGGUGGCGAGUUACUGCGCCGAGAGUCGCGACAGGAACCAGUGGGUGCCGUUCGUGUGUCUGCAGGAGCGCUGAGCCCCUCCCGGCCCCUGCCCGGCCUGGACUACGAGGAUUGGAAACCUUAAAAAAAAACAAAAACCAAAACAAAACAACCCAACAAAAAAACAGCAGGGGGAAAAAAAAGAAAAAAAAAAGGAGGAGAAACAGCCAGUUCUAACCCACAACGCCCAAAACCCACCGAUUUUAUUUUUCUUUUGAACCGGAGAGGAGGAAGGGGGAGCGCGGCUGCUGCGGUGGGAAUGGAGGGGGACGCUGGCCGGAGCCCGGCGGGGGACACUGGAUGGACGCUGGCCGCAGCCCGGGUGGACACUGGACACUGGCCGGAGCCCGGGUGGACGCUGGACACUGGCCGGAGCCCGGGUGGACGCUGGACGCUGGCCGGAGCCCGGGUGGACGCUGGCCGGAGCCGCCGGCCGAGGAGCUGUGCUGGAGCGUGGACCGGAGCCGGGGAGCCCCGGGCGGGCGCUGCGGAGCGCGGGGAGUGACCCCGGAGCUGGAAACUGUCGCGAUUUUUGGCAGCUGGGACCCGAUGGAGGCGAGGAUUGCAGAGGGCUGGAUUUUUAAUUUUUUUUUUUUUAUGCAAAAAACUGCUUUUUUCAAGGAAUUAUGGACGUCUGCACGGAUGGACCUGCACCCCCCGGGUGCUGCUUUUGCACUUGGAGACCCUGAGCAGAACCUUUUCCAGAGUUUAUUCUUCUACCGAGCGAGGAACUGAAUUUAUUUGCAAUAAAAUGUCUGACGUUA